AUGCAUACUGUCAGGCAUGACUUGUAUCAAAAACAAGUCAGGGCUAAGUGGAUUCCUCGUCCAGUGAUGAAUGAGUUAGAGAGAAUAUGGGCAUCAGAAGAUUACAAGGCGAAGUGUGAGAUUGCUAAAGUCAAUAGAGCCUCAACCACAGGGGGCACUCAACAUAAAGGUGGGAGCAUUCCUAACACUGAGCAUAAGAGGAGGCUGGCUCUGGAGUUAGGAAGAGACCCUUCUAUGUUUGAAUUGUUCAAGAAGACGCAUUUAAAUGAUAAAACCGGAAAAUUUGCAGACCAGCGAGCGGAAAUAGCUCAUGAUGAAUUCAUGAGGAGAAAGGCAGAAUUAAGCUCUGAAAGAGGCUCUCCAAGUGUGCAAUCUAACCAGGAAGAAUUUAACAUAUGGUUAGAGGUUACAGGUGGUAAGAACAAGAAGGGUCGCAUCUAUGGAUUUGGAUCUGAGGCUGAUGAUGAUAUUUGUACACCUCAGAGAUCUUCUCCUUCCAUCAAUAGCACAAGCAUGAAUACUAAUGUUGAAACUGAACUACGCACAAGGAUAACAGAGCUCACACAAGAGAAUCAACAAAUUAAACAAGAGCAUCAAGAGAUGAAACAAAAUUAUAGCAAGAUUAUGUCUGCAUUGGAGCAAAUGGGAAUUAGAUUAUCUGAGCCCUCUAGUAGCAAUAUAAAUUUAGAAAAUGACAGUUGA